UCCGCCUGAAAUUUUCGCUUCCUCUCAACGCGACAUUGUAGCCGCGGCGGCCUCCUCCCAAAUUCCCUCGCGGCCAUUAGUUUUCUCACAAGGACAUUGUGAAUUAUUGCAGAGAAGAAGUAGCCAUGGCUGAUCAGAUUCAACAUCCUACCAUCUACCAGAAGGUUGCUGGUCGGCUCUCCCUUCAGUCGAGGGUUGCUUCGGGUUUCCGUUCUUGUGACGAUGGCUUUAGGAACCCUGCACUUUAUCAGAGGCGUGCAUCAAUUAGCAAUUAUACAAAUGCUGCUUUUCAAUAUCCUGCUAUGCAAUCCUGUGUUGCUACAACUGAUCUUUCUAGGGUUGCCUCAACUGGCUCCCCCAUUUUCGUUGCUGCCCCUGUGGAGAAAGGAAACUUUUUGGUUGACUUUCUUAUGGGUGGUGUGUCUGCUGCUGUGUCCAAGACAGCCGCUGCCCCAAUUGAGCGUGUCAAACUCUUAAUUCAAAAUCAGGAUGAGAUGAUUAAAUCUGGACGUUUGUCUGAGCCAUACAAGGGUAUUGGUGAUUGUUUUAAGCGCACAAUCCAAGACGAGGGUUUUGGUUCCUUGUGGAGAGGAAACACUGCCAAUGUCAUCCGUUAUUUCCCCACUCAAGCAUUGAACUUUGCUUUCAAGGAUUACUUCAAGAGAGUUUUCAACUUCAAGAAAGACAGGGAUGGUUACUGGAAAUGGUUUGCUGGUAACCUGGCAUCUGGUGGUGCAGCUGGUGCUUCAUCCCUUCUUUUUGUUUACUCUCUUGAUUAUGCUCGUACUCGAUUGGCAAACGACGCCAAAGCUGCCAAGAAAGGUGGAGAAAGGCAAUUUAAUGGACUGGUUGAUGUCUACAGGAAGACAUUGCAGUCUGAUGGUAUUGCUGGUCUUUACCGUGGAUUUAACAUUUCUUGUGUUGGUAUCAUUGUGUACCGUGGUUUAUACUUUGGAAUGUACGAUUCUCUGAAGCCAGUUUUAUUGACCGGAAAGAUGCAGGAUAGCUUCUUUGCUAGCUUUGCCCUGGGUUGGCUCAUCACCAAUGGUGCUGGUCUCGCAUCCUACCCAAUUGACACUGUUCGUAGAAGAAUGAUGAUGACAUCUGGUGAAGCAGUGAAGUACAAGAGCUCAUUGGAUGCCUUCUCUCAGAUCUUGAAGAACGAAGGUGCUAAGUCUCUCUUCAAGGGUGCUGGUGCUAACAUUCUCCGUGCCGUUGCUGGUGCUGGUGUGCUUGCCGGUUAUGAUAAGUUGCAGGUGAUCGUCUUUGGGAAGAAAUACGGAUCUGGUGGUGCUUAAGCUGUGGGGGGUAGUUGGACCGCAAAAGUUUUCUUUAUUUUUCAGAUGUUGAUGAAAAUGUCUCCAGAGUUUUGGACUUUGUUCCGGCGAUUUUUGUUUCCUUCAAUAAUUUAGUUUUGAAGGGAGUAAUUCCCAAACUUUAAUAUCAUUCAGGAGGGCUAUAGUUUAAUUUUGGACUGAGAUGCAGAAAUUUUAGACCUGUUUUACAUUGAGGUCACCUUUUAGAAUCUCAAAAUAAUUUCGCAGGAUAAUUUGAUUGAAUUGUAUUCUGUUUAUUUAAGCAAGUGAAACUUUCACUUGUAAGUUGCAACUGUGGACCUUGGGGCUUGGGGCUUGUACCGUACAGAAUGUUUUUGUGAUCAUAAAAUUUAAAAAUAAAGUGAAUCUGUCUCUUCACUCGAAA